AUGGCCUCCAACCACCCGGCCUUCAGCUUCCACCAGAAGCAAGUGCUGCGCCAGGAGCUCACGCAGAUCCAGGGCAGUCUGAGCGGCGGCGGCGGCGGCGGCGGCGAGAUUGCGCCUGACCCAGGGAAUCUGGUACCUACCGCAGUUGCGUGUCAUCGUAUCACUCCAAGAACUGAGGCCCCUGUCAGCAGCAUCAGUAAUAGUCUCGAGAACGCACUGCACACAUCAGCACAUUCCACGGAGGAGUCACUGCCCAAGAGGUCUUCAGGGAAACAUGGCAAAGUGAGUGUUGAAAAGAUAGACCUGAAAGGAUUUUCACACACAAAAAAUGACAGAAAUGUUGAAUGUUCCUUUGAGGUCUUGUGGUCUGAUUCUUCAGUAACAUCAGUAACCAAAUCUUCCUCUGAAGUGACUGAAUUUAUUUCCAAGCUGUCUCAGCUCUACCCUGAAGAAAAUUUGGAGAAACUCAUUCCUUGCUUAGCUGGCCCAGACUCGUUUUAUGUGGAGCGAAACCACAUGGAUCUGGAGGCAGGCCUGAGGUAUUUGGCUUCAUUACCAUCUCAUGUAUUGAAAAACGACCAUGUGAAGAAGUUUCUCAGCUCUUCAUCUCCCAUCCAACAGCUUCAAAGUCCAAGUCCUGGCAAUCCCUCCCUUUCUAAAGUGGGCACCGUGAUGGGCGUGUCUGGAAGGCCCGUGUGCGGAGUGGCCGGCAUCCCGUCCUCACCGAGCGGAGCCCAGCACCACACGCAGCACCCAGCUGGCCCUGCCACCGCCACCGCCUUGCCCCACUGUGCCCACGUGGGCGGCACAGGCUCAGCCCUGGCCUACCGGACCCAGAUGGACACCUCACCUGCCAUCCUGAUGCCUUCCAGUCUGCAGACGCCACAGACCCAGGAGCAGAACGGUAUUCUCGACUGGCUGAGAAAGCUGCGUCUGCACAAGUAUUACCCCGUCUUCAAGCAGCUCACCAUGGAGAAGUUUUUGAGCCUUACUGAAGAAGAUCUCAAUAAAUUUGAGUCCCUCACCAUGGGAGCCAAGAAAAAACUCAAGACUCAGCUGGAGCUGGAGAAGGAGAAGUCAGAGAGACGGUGUAUGAACCCCCCAGCCCCGUCCUUGGUUGCCAGCAGUGGCGUGGCCCGAGUGCCCCCCACCAGCCAUGUUGGGCCGGUCCAGACGGGGCGGGGCAGCCACUCAGCAGAGCUGCGUGUGGAAGUGGAGCAGCCCCCCCACCAGCUGCCCCGCGAAGGCAGCUCCUCCGAGUACUCCAGCUCCUCCUCCAGCCCGAUGGGGGUGCAGGCCCGGGAAGAGAGCUCCGACAGCGCUGAGGAGAGCGACAGACGUGUGGAGGCCCACCUGGAGGCCACCGACAAGGAGAAGCCCGUCAUGCUGCUCAAUCACUUCUCGUCAAGUUCUGCGCGGCCCACAGCCCAGGUCCUCCCUGUGCAGAACGAGGCGGGCUCCACCCCGGCGGGCCACCACGCCCUGCCCCCGCAGAUGCUGGCCACAGCCUCGCACAUGGCACCCAUCCGAAUGCUGAGCUCUGUGCACAAGUCGGAAAGAGGAGGGGCAGACAUGAAACUCCUCUCGUCCUCUGUGCACUCGCUCUUGUCUCUAGAAGAAAGGAACAAAGGAUCCGGACCAAGAAGCAGUGUGAAGGUGGACAAGAGCUUUGGCAACGCCGUGAUGGACGUGCUGCCCAGCCCAGUGCCCCGUCAGCCCGUGCAGGUCCUCUCUGGGCUUUCUGAGGGCAGCUCCAUGUCGCCUACGGUCUCCUUCGGUCCCCGGGCCAAAGUCGUGCACGCAUCUACCCUGGACAGGGUGCUGAAGACGGCGCAGCAGCCAGCCCUGGUCGGGGAGACCAGCACGGCCGCCACAGGGACACCUAGCACCGUCCUCCACGCGGCCCGGCCGCCCAUCAAACUGCUGCUGUCGCCAUCCGUUCCUGCUGACUCUGCCAUCUCUGGGCAAACCUCCUGUCCUAAUAACGUACAAAUCAGUGUGCCCCCUGCAAUCAUAAACCCCCGGACUGCUCUGUACACAGCCAACACCAAAGUUGCCUUUUCUGCGAUGAGCAGUAUGCCAGUGGGCCCCCUGCAGGGCGGCUUCUGUGCAAGCAGCAACACUGCCUCCCCCGGCAGCCACCCCGCCACGUCCUUUGCCAACAUGGCCACGCUGCCCAGCUGUCCCGCCCCCAGCUCCAGCCCCGCGCUGUCCUCCGUCCCGGAAAGCAGUUUUUAUAGCAACAGUGGCGGCGGCGGCAGCGGCUCCACAGGAAACAUUCCCGCCUCGAACCCGAACCACCACCACCACCACCACCAUCAGCAGCCCCCGGCGCCCCCGCAGCCCGCGCCGCCGCCCCCCGGCUGCAUCGUGUGCACGUCCUGCGGCUGCAGUGGGAGCUGCGGCUCCAGCGGCCUGACGGUCAGCUACGCCAACUACUUCCAGCACCCGUUCUCCGGGCCGUCCAUGUUCACCUUCCCGUUCCUGCCCUUCAGCCCCAUGUGCAGCAGCGGCUACGUUGGCGCCCAGCAGUACGGUGGCGGCUCUGCCUUCCCUGUCAUGCACGCCCCCUAUAGCAGCAGCGGGACUCCGGAGCCCGUCCUGGGCGGGCAGUCCACGUUUGCAGUGCCACCGAUGCAGAACUUCAUGGCAGGGACGGCCGGGGUGUACCAGACUCAAGGCCUGGUGGGCACUAGCAAUGGGUCCAGUCAUAAAAAGAGCGGGAACCUCUCGUGUUACAACUGUGGGGCCACUGGCCACCGUGCUCAGGACUGCAAACAGCCGUCCAUGGACUUCAACCGGCCAGGUACAUUUAGGUUGAAAUACGCCCCUCCUGCAGAAAGUCUCGACUCCACAGACUGAUUUUUUUCUCGGGCAACAGAACAUUACUAAGCCAUGGAGACAAGGAAAAUUGAAUACAAAACUGAGCAGUCUA